AUGUGCCUCUUACCAGCCGGUAGCACUGUAUUAUGUCAUCACCCAGUAGUGAGUGUGGAGAUUAAAUCCUCAAUCUUCAUGUCUUUCGGUGCCAAAGCCGCUGAACGCCUUGCCAACAAGAUCAUAUUGAUCACUGGGGCAUCGUCUGGUAUAGGCGAGGCUACCGCCAGAGAAUUCGCUGCUGCUGCCAAUGGAAAAAUUCUGUUGAUUUUGACCGCUCGGAGAGAAGACAAACUCAAGUCUCUCUCGCAACAAUUGAGCCUCAUUUACCCGCAAAUUAAAAUCCAUUCUGCUCGUCUUGAUGUCUCUGAGUUUUCGUCACUUAAGCCGUUCAUUACUGGGUUGCCAAAGGAUUUUGCUAGCAUCGACGUUUUGGUGAAUAAUGCGGGGAAAGCAUUGGGAAGAGCCAAUGUUGGUGAAAUUUCCCAAGAGGAAAUCAAUGGCAUGUUCCAUACCAAUGUUCUUGGGUUGAUAAACUUAACUCAGGAGGUGUUACCCAUCUUCAAAAAGAAAAAUGCUGGAGAUAUUGUGAACAUUGGCUCAGUGGCCGGUAGAGAACCUUACCCUGGAGGUGCAGUAUACUGUGCUUCAAAGGCAGCAGUUAACUACUUUUCUCAUUCUUUGAGAAAGGAAACUAUCAAUUCCAAAAUCAGGGUCAUGGAGGUGGAUCCUGGGGCAGUAGAGACAGAGUUCUCGUUGGUUCGUUUUGGCGGUGAUGCCGAGGCUGCGAAAAAGGUGUAUGAGGGAACCGAGCCUUUGGGCCCAGAAGAUAUUGCGGAAAUCAUUGUGUUUGCUGUGUCGAGAAAAGCCAAAACUGUCAUUGCGGAAACUUUGGUGUUUCCUACCCAUCAGGCUGGAGCAGUUCAUGUUCAUAGAGGGCCGCUUGAGUGA